AUGUCGGAUGAAAUGUUUAAAGAUUUAUUUUAUAGUGGGAUGGAUGAGUAUGAGUCUAUAGUGAGAGCUUUUGGAAUAACAUCGGAUUAUUCGAAUAUCAAUAAUGAAAUUUCGGGGACGACUGCGAUGAAUUCUUCUUGUUCGUUGUCAUCUUCGGAUGCUGGAGGAGGCGAGGAGGAUGAUUCUGUGAAAGAGAAGGAGAAACAGAUCAGUAAAGAUGUUGUGGAAGAUAACGGAGGGGAGAGUUCCAAGGCAGCUGGAUCGGGUAAAUCGAAGAAGAAAGGAGAGAAAAAAGAGAGAGAAGCGAGAGUCGCUUUCAUGACCAAGAGCGAGGUUGAUCAUCUUGAAGAUGGAUAUAGAUGGAGAAAAUAUGGACAGAAGGCUGUCAAGAACAGUGCUUAUCCCAGAAGCUAUUACAGAUGCACAACUCAAAAAUGUGGAGUGAAAAAACGAGUAGAGAGAUCCUACGAAGAUCCGUCCAUUGUAAUUACAACCUAUGAAGGUCAACACAACCACCUAAUUCCGGCGACUUUAAGGGGGAACCUGUCGGCGGCGAGCGGGACAUUUUCGCCGUCCAUGCUGACGCCAAUGCCAGUGGUCGGUGGCGUCGGGUUUCUGCCUGCAGAACUAUUGAGCAAUGCAGGCAACAACCAAGCCGUCGGUGGCGGCGCCACGGUUUAUUCACACAACAACUUCGACUAUACUUACAACGGUCGGCAACCGGAAUAUGGGCUUCUGCAGGAUAUUUUUCCAGCUCCAUCGUCGUUUUUCAACCGACAGCCGUGA